AUGGUGAAGAGGCACGACUCGUUAGUCCGGUUCCUGCAUAAGGAGCUGUGUCAAAGACAUGGCCUGCAAACAGUGCACUUCACGCAGAAGAUAGACCCCGUUCUGGAAAACGAACGGGCGAAGAUCUACUUCGACUUCAACAUUGUCUUAAGGCAGCAAGUGAAGCACAACAAACCCGAUUUGGUGAUUUUCGACAAAGUAGCGAAGAAGAUAACGAUAGUAGAGGUCGCGGUCUCGUGGUUCUCGUACCUGCCCACGCAGGAACAGAUUAAGCUACAUCGCUACAAUACCAAUAGCGACAUGGCAGAUGAGACCGCCUUACCGUACCCGCCAGGUGCGAGUGUGCGGGGCCUACUCGAGGACCAGUUUGGACGUGAGUUCCCGAACGGAGUCCAUGUGGUACCCGUCGUUGUCGGCUGCUGUGGAGAGAUCAUCACCGGAUUUGGAGGCCAAAUCAGGAAACUCGGCUUUACAGACCGAGAUGUGCCAAGGAUAGUAGAGCGCCUGCAACGCAGCGCAGUCCUAGGCACUAAUAACUUGAUCAAGGCCCACUUAGCUGCAAAGCAAUAA